GCAAACCAUACGUGUGUAGGUAUACAAUAUGUAUACAUAUGCACAUUAUACAUAGAAUAGGAGCGAGCGAGGAGCGGAAUCAGGCAGGCACAGUGCGGAUACUGUACGUUGUCUUGCCCUGGGGGAGAAAAAGAGGCACUUUGUGUGUGUCUGUACAAGCCGUGCCAGUUGCCUCUGCGAUUAUACGGACAUGAACAAAACCAACCCAUCAUAACAUUAGAUCAAAUUUUUCAGUGACUCAGUAACGUAGAAAGAAAGUCAGUUUCGUCGGUGGUUGGCUUGUGAGUGUUUCGUCUAUGUGCGUGUGAGAUACCGCGCGCAGCACUGCAGUCCAUCGUCACCUGCACUCAUCGCUGCUGCUUCAUUUCGCAUCAAACUUAUCGACAUGAACAGCAAGUCAGACGUCAAUAGGCGAGUUCUUGCCAUACAGGCGAAAAAGAAACGACAUAAAACCGGCAAGCGCAAGGGCAAACCUGGACCGCCUCCUGGUGCUGCAUCCGCAGCCGCGGCCACCGCUACUGCUUCUUCCAAUCAAAAUACUAACCAGGAUAAUGCAGCUGAUCAGACAAAUGUCGACAAGAAUCAGACUAGCAGAGAAGGACAAACAAACAAUAGCUUCAACAAGGAUAAUGCCACGGAUCCUGCCAAGUAUUGGACUGGUAAUGGCAACAGGAUGGAACCAAGUCACAGUUCAAGUAAUGAAACAAUAGAAGAUGAAGAAGAAGACAUGUUUAGUAGUGAAGAUGAUGAACAAGAAGAUAGCCAUGAUUAUUGUAAAGGUGGCUAUCAUCCAGUCAGAAUAGGGGAUCUUUUUUUAAACCGUUAUCAUGUAACAAGAAAACUUGGCUGGGGUCAUUUUUCCACUGUGUGGCUUUGUUGGGACUUACAAGAUAAAAGAUUUGUUGCACUAAAGGUUGUGAAGUCAGCCUCUCACUUUACAGAAACAGCUUUGGAUGAAAUCAAGUUGCUAAAGGAUGUGCGUGAUACAGAUCCAAGUGAUCCAAAGCGCAACAAAACCGUCCAGUUGUUGAAUGACUUCAAAAUCAGUGGGGUCAAUGGCUUGCAUGUGUGUAUGGUCUUUGAAGUGCUAGGUCACAACUUAUUGAAACUUAUCAUCAAAUCUAAUUAUCGAGGAAUUCCCAGAAAUAAUGUUAGGCGCAUCAUUCGACAAGUCCUUGAGGGAUUAGAUUAUUUACACAAUAAAUGUAAAAUAAUUCACACGGAUAUAAAACCGGAGAACGUGCUGAUUUGUGUAGACGAAUCGUAUAUUCGCAAAUUAGCAUGCGAAGCUACGGAAUUACAUUCUCUUGGUUUAAAGCUGCCAGCUUCCUUGGUAUCUACGGCUCCGAAAAAAUUUCAAGAACCAGUGCCCAAUGCCAAGAUGUCAAAGAACAAAAAGAAACGACUCAAAAAAAAGGCCAAACGGCAAAACGAAUUGAUCAAAAAACAAAUGGAACAAAUUGAAGAAAUGGAAGAGCAAAGUAAGAUGCCUACUCUGGUGACGACUGAGACUGCUAAUUCAGAGAGCGCUCCAAAAGAAAAUGGUGAGUCAGUGACGUCGCCUGCGACUGAAGUAGCUCCGAACAGCAAUGGUACCGAAACUGAGCUCAAUUCUGAGAGCAUCGAUGAAAAUACAGAGAGCAACAAAGAAUCUCCUGAUGAAAUGUCAGAAGCAACUUGUUCUUCCUCCACAGCACCAGCAUCUUCAGCAAUGCAUGUCAAUGGCAUCGAUACCGCUGAAUCUUCUGUACCUGCCGGAGGCGAUACACCCGUUACCGAUGAAGCAGGAUCAAUGCUUGAAGAAGUUGACCGUUCUAGAGUGAAAUCGAAUGUCGACGAAGAGGUAGACAUAGAAGAAGAUAAAGAAGAUGAACAGGAAACAACAAAAAUGGAAAACUCAAUGGGCGAAGGCCGUCGCCACGAAUGGGAAAAUGUUCAAGUCGAAUGCAAGGAUAAUGAAGAUCGUGGGGAUGGUGACAGUAUUCAGUCUCCCAGAAAGCCACUAAAACGUGCCUCGGUAGCGCCAUUAGAUCCAGCAAUAGUUGACUGUGACGUUGAAGUUAAAAUUGCUGAUCUUGGCAAUGCUUGCUGGGUUCAUAAAAAAUUCACUGAGGACAUUCAGACUCGUCAAUAUCGUUCGCUCGAAGUACUUCUUGGAGCUGGCUACAAUACUUCUGCCGAUAUUUGGUCGACAGCUUGCAUGGCGUUUGAGCUGGCGACCGGUGAUUACCUUUUCGAACCACACAGUGGUGAAGACUAUUGCCGAGAUGAAGAUCAUCUUGCGCACAUAAUUGAACUAUUAGGUGAAAUACCGCGCCGUAUAGCAUUGUCUGGCCGUCACUCGCGCACAUUUUUCACUAAAAAGGGCGAAUUAAAGCAUAUUACAGGCCUGAAACCAUGGGGUCUUUAUGAGGUGCUUACGGAAAAAUAUGAAUGGUCAGCAAGCGAAGCUCGCGAGUUUGCCGAUUUUCUCACGCCCAUGCUCGAAUUUGACCCUCACACCAGAGCUACAGCUGCAGAGUGCCUCAAACACCCUUGGCUACAAAUCAAGGACAGAAGCUCAAUGGAAGAGAAUGAUGAUUCACAUGACACGAGUGAAGAAUUCAAAGACGAUUCUAGAGGAAUGAGAGAUGAAACGAUGAAUUGAUCUAAAUCAAGUUGUUAAACAUAAUUUUUUUGUCAUAAUUCAUUAAUACUGCAUUUACAAGCACACGCAUACUCAUACGUGAUAUAAGGUGACAACUUCAUAUACUUAGAUAGAGUCAAAGAUUGAUAUUAAUUAAUAAAUUGUGGCCUUGUUGAAUAGACACACACCCAUGCACACGCGCGCGCAUACACAUGUGCUUAUUUAUAAUGCUAUUGUAUGUUUAAUAUAUUAAAAAAAUAGAUGGACCAACUUGCCUAUUAGCCUGGGCGAGUAUUAGAAUUAAUGUUUUGACAAAUGAGUUGUCUGCGAGAUUUCUGCUUUUAAAAAACCUCUUAAACACCAGUAAUGCAUGAAUUAAAAGUUGUAAUUAUACUAUUACAUUCCAAAAAAUAUAACUUUAAUGUUGUAAAUAAUUAGUAAAAUUUUGUAGGGACACGAAAUUUUCAUAAUUAAUAGUUAUAAGCAUCGAAAAGUAAAUUUUUUAUAUAGCCUUGUAAUAAAUUCGUUUCUGAGCAGAUAUAAACAGCAGAACUCGGAGAUAAUCAUUUUGAUAAUCAAGAGAUUUUUGCAUAUUAAAAUUUUGCAAAUUAGCCACAAUUUUGUUCGGUGAAAUUUAAUGCAUCGUACUUUUGAAAAAAAAUGUCUAAAAUAACUUGUUAUAUUACGGAAAACUCUAAAGUGUGAACAACCGAAAAAAUUGACCCUCGCAUAUUAAAAAUUAUUUUUGCACAAUAUUGUAAUUUUAAAAAUGACAACUAAUUGGGCAUAGACAAAAAAAUCAUUGUCAAAGCUACUGGAACUAAAAAUGUUUUGCAUAUUUUUGAAAUUUAAUGAAAUAAUAGACUCAAUUAUUAAAAUAAUAAAAGUUUGUACAUGUACAAUAAUAAUGCAAGCGAGUUUUGACUUAAUUUAUGUGUAUUUAUAGUGUACUUUAGAUGAAUGUUUUUCAUUUUUUUCUAAUAAUUAUGCACUACCAUAAUUAUUAAAAUUUUUGACUUUUAGGUUUAUUAAAUGUGACUUAAUUAAUGAAGUACUGAAUCUUAUUGCUGAUUGUAAGAUCUAUUCUCACUCAAAAAAUUUUUUCAUUUCAGUCAUUUUCAUUAAUGCUGAAAAACCUCAAACCCAAAGAUUCCAUUUACUAUUUUUGUGGAUAAAAAAAAUAGAUAGAUUUUUUCUCGUACGGUAUUUAUUGUAACAUUCAACUGACAACAAUAUAGUAUUUACAUUUUUACGUA